GUUAACAAUAAAAAUAAUUUUUUAGAUAAAAAAAAAGAAAAACUCAAAGCUUAGGAAAUACAAAGUCAAACACAAAGCACAUAACAAAAAAGAACACAGAAAUUUAGGUAGACAACAAGAAAGGAAUCAAUAAAAGUUUCUUGUAUUUUUUACCUUUGGUGUUCUGUGCAUUAAUAGAUUAUUAUCUAAAUUAAUUAGUAUUAAUCUAUAAGAAAAAAAUUAGAUUUGACUCCAAUUUUGGAAUUGUGGAUUUAUUAAUUUGAUCCAACAUUAUAUAAUCUUGAAUGUCGUCUCCAACAAGGUGUUGUAAAUCUGAUGAUAGCAUCCACAUGAUUAAGGCGGAAGCCGCCGCUGCCGUCGUCGUCAAAACCACCUCCAGCGGCGGCGUUACCACCACCCUUGACAAUUGUGUCAAGGGUCAUGAAAAGAACAAGUGUGGCAUACCAAAGCUUAUUAAUCCAAAAGGCAUUGGAGGAAGUUUUGAGGAGCAUGUAACACAAUCAGAAAAAAAUGAUCAAGUAGAAGUGGAUUGGAAGAUUAUAUCAAGGAGAAAAGUUUUAUUUGAAACGUCUCCUUCAGUAAAGAGAAGUUUUACAGCAAGGCAUAAUAGUGCAAGGAUUGAAGGCCUAAACCUUUCCAAUUUUGAUCAGUCAACACAACCUGCUACUAUGAUUAAAAAUAUUAGGGUUUUUGCUGGGACAUGGAAUGUAGGAGGAAAAACUCCUAAUCAUGGACUUAAUCUUGAAGAUUUCUUGCAAGUGGAAGGUUCUGCAGACAUAUAUGUUUUGGGGUUUCAAGAGAUUGUACCGUUAAAUGCAGGCAAUGUAUUAGUGAGUGAAGAUAGUGAACCAGCAGCAAGAUGGUUAGCCCUAAUAAGCCAUGCACUUAACAAAUCAUCCUACGAUAAUGAUGAUUCAAGCAGUUCAAAAUGCAACAGUUUAUUCAAUAAACAUUCUCUUAAAGUUGUUAAAAAGAGUUUAAAGGCUAAUAGUAACCUUCUCAAGACAUGUAAUUGUCCUUCAACAACAAGACGUUUAAGAAAGCUUAGUGAUCCUUCAUGUUCUCUCUUGACACAUUUUCGUGAAGACGAUUUACAGUCUAUUGCUCAGAAAUUUCCUCCAACUAAUUAUGGUUUGAGUUAUCAUCUUAUAUCAAGCAAGCAAAUGGUUGGGAUUUUCCUUUCAGUUUGGGCACGAAAAGAGUUAGCACAACAUGUUGGACAUCUCAGAAUAUCUUCUCUUGGUAGAGGUAUCAUGGGUUGUCUUGGAAAUAAGGGGUGUAUAGCAAUAAGCAUGUCACUGUAUCGUACGAGCUUUUGCUUUGUGUGCAGUCACUUAGCUUCUGGAGAGAAAGAAGGAGAUGAGCUAAGAAGAAAUGCAGAUGUUGCUGAGAUUCUUAAAAGCAUACAAUUUCCUAGAAUUUGUAGGAAUCCCGAUAGAGGAAUCGCAGAAAAAAUUACUGAUCACCAGCGUGCAAUAUGGCUUGGAGACUUGAACUACCGAGUGUCUUUGAGCUAUGAAGAAACGAGGCUUCUUUUAGAGGAUAAUGACUGGGACUCUCUUUUAGAAAAGGAUCAGUUGAAUGUGGAGAGAGAAGCGGGGAGAGUGUUUAGUGGGUGGAAAGAAGGGAAGAUCUUUUUCGCCCCGACCUAUAAGUAUUCACAUAAUUCAGAUUCAUAUGCCGGAGAGACAACCAAGUCUAAGAAGAAACGAAGAACCCCUGCAUGGUGUGAUAGAAUAUUAUGGCGAGGUGAGGGCAUUGAACAAUUAUCUUAUAUUCGAGGGGAAUCAAGAUUUUCAGAUCAUAGGCCAGUUUGUUCUGUAUUCGCGGUGGAUGUGGAGGUGGAGGCUGAGCUAGUGAAGAAGAAUAACUCCAAAUUUAGAAAGGGUUUUUCUUGCAUUGCGAAUAGAAUGGAUCAGUAUGACGAUUUUAUACCACAGAGACACAGCUUUUAUGAUUAUUGAAAUACAAUCUCUAACUAACUAUAGUAUAGAUAUAUAUAUAUCUUCUUCUUUACCUUGA